AUGGGCAGGGAAGACAAGGCAACGUGGAAAUCGAACUAUUUCAUCCGAAUUGUGGAGUUGCUCGAGGAAUAUCCGAAGUGCUUCAUCGUUGGUGUGGAUAAUGUUGGCUCGAAACAGAUGCAGGAAAUUCGCCAGGCGAUGCGAGGGCAUGCGGAAAUUUUGAUGGGUAAGAAUACGAUGAUACGCAAAGCGAUUCGUGGUCAUCUGCAAACGAAUCCGGAUUUGGAAAAACUCCUUCCACACAUCGUUGGCAAUGUUGGAUUUGUUUUUACGAAGGAAGAUUUGAGUGAUGUUCGUGCAAAAUUGCUGGAAAAUCGACGGGGUGCUCCGGCAAAAGCGGGUGCUAUAGCACCAUGUGAU